GGUGUGGGGAGCGCCCUCCCAGGCCCGGUCCUGGACUCUGUUCCCAAGCAGGCUGGCGCCAACUGAGGAGGAAAAGGGGCUUCCUGGGGAGGGAGGGGCCGUGGGGGUGGUGACGUGGCUGAGAACCAGGACACAGCAGGCCCCUUGGAGGGGAUGAGCCCUCCCCCAAGGGCGUGACAAGGCCAGUCUAUAUAGGCCACCACUGCAGCCCAAGUCUGAGUGUGGGGUGGCAGCGGCUGGGGGGUUGCCAGUGCCUAGGCAAGCUUGGCACCAUGGGUGGCCGAGCUGCUGCCCCAGGGAGGGCCAUGGGGACGCUGGAGAGGUGGGGCCUGCCGCCGUGGGCACUGGCCAUCCUGCUGCUGGCUCUGGCCACACAUGCAGCAGGUGAGCUCACCUACCCGUGGCGGGACGUGGAGACUCAGGAGUGGCUCACGUGCAGCCAGUGCCCCCCAGGCACCUUCGUGCAGCGGCCCUGCCGCCGGGACAGCCCCACGAUGUGCAGCGCGUGCCCUCCACGUCACUACACCCAAUUCUGGAACUACCUGGAGCGCUGCCGCUACUGCAACGUCAUUUGUGGGGAGCGCGAGGAGGAGGUGCGGCCCUGCCAGGCCACCCACAACCGUGCCUGCCGCUGCCGGCCCGGCUUCUUCGCGCACGCCGGCUUCUGCCUGGAGCACGCGCCUUGCCCGCCUGGCACCGGCGUGGCUGUCCCCGGAACGCCCAGCCAGAACACUCAGUGCCAGCCAUGUCCCCCCGGCACCUUCUCGGCCAGCAGCUCCCGCUCAGAGCCCUGCCAGCCCCACCGCAACUGCACCGCCCUGGGCCUGGUCCUCAACGUGCCAGGCUCCUCCUCUCAUGAUGCCCUGUGCACCAACUGCACGGGCUUCCCGCUCAGCACCAUGGAGCCUGGGGGGCCAGGGGCUGAAGAGUGUGAGCGAGCGGUCAUCGACUUCGUGGCUUUCCAGGACAUGUCCUCCAAGAGGCUUGUGCGGCUGUGGCAGGCGCUGGUGGGCCCGGCGGCCUGGGGUCCCGUGGCCCAGAGGGAGGGCCGUGCAGAGCUGCAGCUGAGGCUGUGGCGGCAGCUCACGGAGAUGCGGGACGCGCGUCCCGGGACGCUGGGGGUGCGGCUACUGCAGGCGCUGCGCGAGGCCAGGCUGCCUGGCCUGGAGCGCAGCGUCCGCACACGCUUCUGGGCGCACUGAGCCCCCUGCCCCCUAUUUAUUCUCCUCCCAAGCUUUGGCGCCAUGCGGCAUCACCCGCACGGCAGGCACCACAGUACUCUCAGCCGAGCUUCUAGGCUCCUGCUGCACUACAAAGGUUUAUUUUUAUGAAGCUGUUUGUACAACGUCC